AUGACAUCGACAGUGACUCUAUACCCGCUGUCGAACUACACCUUCUCGACCAAGGAGGCCCAGCCCGAGGAGGACCCCUCGGUGACCUCGCGCCUCCAGCGGCUCCAGAACAACUACGAGGACUUCGGCAUGCGCCGGACCGUCGAGGGCAUCCUGGUCGUCCACGAGCACGGCCAUCCGCACGUGCUCAUGCUCCAGAUCGCCAACGCCUUCUUCAAGCUGCCGGGCGAUUAUCUCAGGCCGGGCGAGGACGACGUCGAGGGGCUCAAGGAGCGCUUGGACGAGCGGCUCGCCCCGCCCGCCGGCCAGUUCGGCGCCGGCCUCACCAGCGCCCAGGGCCAGAAAGACUGGGAGAUCGCCGACUGUCUCUCCCAGUGGUGGCGCCCUAACUACGAAAGCUUCAUGUAUCCCUACGUCCCCGCCCAUAUCACCAAGCCCAAGGAAUGCAAAAUGCUCUACCUCGUCCAACUGCCCGAGAAAAAGGUGUUGUCGGUGCCCAAGAACAUGAAGCUGCUGGCGAUCCCGCUCUUCGAGCUGUACGACAACCCCUCCCGGUACGGGCCCCAGCUGGCAGCCAUCCCCCACGUCCUCUCCCGCUUCUCGUUCAUCUAUGCUUAG